CUUCCUACCUCAGAUACUACCAACAGGGGUGCGUUCAAAAACCUUACUUCAGAUAAUUUUGGCACGUUGCAUCUCUCUUUACUAGCGUUACUACAAGGAAGAUAGAACGAUACCAGAUUACACUUUAUUGAAGUUUCUGAGCGUACUGCAGGAGUUGCAUGUUAUGCACUUUUUAACCAGUUUUGCCGAUCAUUAGCGAUAAUAUAAAGUCCAAUAAAAAUCCGUAACAUAAUUGGUACUUUUCUAUAUUUGUAAAACGCAGUUCUACGAUUAAUAAUACUUAGGUUUAUGGCCAAUGAAGGACGUUCUAGCCUAGUAGAUUGAUACUCGGUUUCUCUUGUGCAAUUCUCUUUAUUUAUGGAUCCAAUACCUCACUUUAAUAAAACUUGAUCUUUGAGAAAAGAACCCCAUCAUCUGAACAAAGAAGUCUUCUUCCUUGAAAGCCACUCGAAGAUACUGGACAGUUUGAAACAUAUUUAAAUGAGUACGAUAAUAGAGUAUUAAUAGUAUAAUGGAGAAUGAAUUAAUUGAUACUCUUCAAUUUCACUCUGGAAAUGAUAUGGCAACAUCUAUAGUUUCCAAAGAACCAAGCAGUUCACCAAAUGAUUCAGAUGUUGAGGAUGAUAAUUAUUAUGAAGAUAUUGAUUUUGAUCAGGACUCUGAUAUUGAGAAACAGGUUCAUCCACCACCUCUUCUUACUCCGUCACAGCUUUGUGCUUUAGCAAACUCAGUACAACCAGAAAGUCAGGCACUGCCAUCUGUUUCCAAUGAUUCUGAUACUGUUGAAAUGCUUGAAGAGAACAAUAAUGAUCCUAACAAUAAUCUUGAUGCAGUUCAGAUGCUUGGACAAAAUCAGAAUUUAUCUAUAAAGUUAGAUAUACUCUCCAUAGAGGAAUCUCAUUCAAGGACAGAAUCUGCUAGUUUGGAUUCACCGAAGCCAGGUUGCAGUAAGGAUUCCUAUUACGAAGAAUCAAGAUCUGAAAGCCAAUGUCAUAGUCCUUCUCAGACUCCUAUUCCCAGUUGUUCCUUCACUUCUUCCCAUUCUUCUUCCACAUCAGUAUCAAGCUGCAGAAUUAUUUCUUCGUGUUCAACAACAUUUCCUACAUCAUCACUAUCAAAUGGACACACAUCACUGGAUACCACUUGCAUACUGCCUAAUCAAAAUUUCUCACAUGAAGUACAUUUACCUGUUCAUCGCUUAACAGAAUCUAAGGAUUGUUACAAUGACACUGAUGAAGAUGAGGACAAUGAUGAUAUCCAGAACAAUAAAGUUGAGGUCAAAUCAAAUCCUACCUUACCUGUAAAACGGAGAUAUCGUGAUGAUGUGUGUACAACAAAGCCAAAAAAAUUAAGCUUAAUAAGUAGAGAAAAAUCGCACGAAAGUCUAGUUGGUGGGUAAGAAAACUCUGUACCCUGGGACAUUAUAACAUACACCAUUAAUCAAAAUUUUAAAUGUCCUUUGGAUUUUCAAGAGUUUCUUGAAAAUCAGGUGUGUGUAAACUCGUUAUUAUGGGCAGCGUGAGAUUAUAUGUGUACAUGUAUUUGGACUUCUAAUCCCAAAUUGCUGUUAUUUAGUUCUAUGAUUGUCCAACUCAUUCAACCUUUGAUACUUUAUGUGAGAUAUUUCACAGAGCGGGGAUAAUUACCGCUACAGUCACAGUUAUGACUGCUUUCUGUUUGUUUGAAAGAUUGACAAAUAUUGUAGAGAAGUUAUAAGUUCGAAGAGAAGACAUUACUGUUAAAACGUAAGGAGUCAGCGAGGAAAAGGGACUCACGCAAAAUAGUUCAAGAUAAUCUACUCCAGGGCAAGACCUCUAAAACCAGUUAAAAAACCUAAGUUCUUUUACACAAAGAAGAUGAACUUAAAAGUGCUGUGUCGGAUGAUUAUGUUGGUCUUCCUAGUCCUGGCGUGUCUCACUUGGAGUGUGAAAAGUCAAGGACAAUCACGGAGAGGUGAAAGACCCAAGAAAAUCUCAAAACCACAUCGUACUCCAGGACACUUUUCUGGCGUACGCAUUUUCUUCAAUCAGUAAAAAAAAUUAGUGUUAUCAUUUUGCGUGAUAUUUGCUUCGAUGUUGCCGCAAAGUGCCUUAUGCCAAUUUUACGGAGGACCUGGGAUAGGUCCAAUUAGAUUGGGUAUAUUCGGGCCACCACAUCUUCCUCCUCCACCACCACCACCACCACCACCGCUAUACUACGGUGGUUACAGACCGAUUUAUGUGAGAGUGGGAUACCAUCCAUAUUUUUAAAUUGAACUAAUUUCCUGGAACUAAAGAGAUGUAUAUGUCGUCCUGGAGUACAUCAAUAAAUGCUUGAAAAACAACUCAGGAAUAUUAGUGACUAAUGUUUAAUCAAAAACCCGUUAAGUAUUUAUCAUACGUAGAUGCGAAAGACCAAGGUAAAUGUCUAGAAAUCAUAUUAUUAGUCAAACAAAUUAUCAGAGACUUCUGUUCCUCCUUUCUACUUAUAAUAAAAGCGCCUCCUCUAUGAUUUGUCUUAGUUAAAGAUUUGACGUUGCAUGAACGUCAACUGUGCCUCACCUUGUUUUUUAAACAUAAUAUUUUAUAAAGGCAAUGAAUAUGAGUCUGCAUUGGACUGUUUACUUCUUUGCCGACAUGGCGGUGGACAUUUUGGAGGUGGACAUUUUGGAGGUGGCCAUGGAUAUUUUGGCGGUGGUGCACAUUUUGGUGGCGGUGGACGUCCCUUUAUAGGUGGUGGACAUCCCUUCAUAGGCGGUGGAAGACCCUUCAUAGGCGGUGGAGGAGCCUUCUUAGGCGUUGGAAUAUACCGCGCGAGUUAUUGCAAUCCUUUCUAUUAUUACAGACCCUACUAUUGCAGUUACUAUUACUGAAUGUUCUAUAUCAUCUGUCAUGGAACUUCAAAUACUGCUAAGUGAUUAGUUAGUAAUACUGUUAGUUGUUAGUGAUACCAAAUAAUUGAUAUAAGAUUUUAUAAGUGUAAAUAUAGUUCAGUCAACAUGUUGCCAACAUUCAGAAAAAAUAGACACACGGAUAUCCUUCUAAAGAUUGCAUAGAGUUCCUGAGUUAUGUACUAAAAUGUUUGACUACAAUAAAUUCUGAUAAAAGAA